AUGACCAAGUCUCAAGGAACACGCAUUAUAAAAUGCGCCAACAUAGCGAUCUCCGACCUCGGGGACAAGUGCGGAGUCUACAACAAACUGUAUGCCUUGCAACUGAAAAACAACAUUUACAAACACAUCAAACUGCCCCUUACUGCCGCCAGUAGUAAGAACGACCUAGGCGAUUCCAUCGACACAGAGGGAUUGGUCAACAACACGCGCUACGACCUGGUCCGCAACAACGAGGACGAUAACCCAAGCGUUCCAGGGAAGGCUAUUCCACCUGGACGACGCCGAGACCACGGCCAUCUCCAGAAACACGCAGUACACUCUCAUCUUCAAGGACGAGAACAAGUUUAUAAAAAGCAGAACGACCCUGAGGAAUCUCCACAACAUAAAGUUGACAAGCAGGAAACAUUCGUCAACAGCCCACUUCACGAGGCCUGCAGGAAGGGGGACCUGAACCGAGUGAUGGACAUCCUGGACCAGCGUUUGGUCGACAUCAACAGCAGAGACGAGCAGCACGGAAGGACACCACUCAUGGUUGCGGCAAAGGAAGGACAUUGCACAAUGUUUCAAGUUCUUAUCUUUAAAGGAGCUAAAAUGUCAGAAGUUGAUAAUGAUUGUAAGAACGCCCUGCACUGGGCAUGCAAGGGUGGACAUGUGGGUAUGGUGGAUUGUGUACUCCUAAAAUACAGAAUUAACAUCAAUGCUUGGAGUAUGCAGCCCUUGUUACAGGCUGCACAGAGGGGAUACAGAGACGUUGUGGAGUUUCUCGUGUGUACGGGAAGCAAUGUGUCCCAGGGUGAUGACGUCGGCAACAACGUCCUGCACUUUGCCUGCCGUGGUCGACAGUUGGAAUUAGUGAAGUAUCUAGUUUCACAAGGCAGUGUUGAUAUUAACAGUAGUAAUAAACACGGAAAUACCCCUUUGAUGGAGGCUGCAUCACGCGGACACAAAGACGUUUUUGAGUUCCUCGUGAAAAUGGGAGCUAAUGUGUCACACGUGGAUGAUUAUGGACGCAACAUCCUUCAUCUGGCCUCUAUAUAUGGACGUAUGGAGAUGGUGAAGCACAUCCUGUCCCAGAACCUGGUCGACAUUAACGCCAGGGACAAGGGUGGGACAACGGCAGCCAUGAAAGCAAAGCGUAGAGGAAACCUUAAAGUCUACAGUCUUCUUGUUUCGCAGGGUUGUCCAGUGAAAUAA